AUGUCCUAUCAAGAUUAUGAAAAAUCAUUACAACAAGCUCGAAUAUCUCUUCUUAAUUCUACUUUUGAACGAUUUUGGAUUCAAUCAAAAUCUACAACAAAAACAUAUUCGUCAUGGUAUAAUUAUUUGAAAUAUCAAUAUAUUAUUAUAUUUCUUAUUUUUAUUACUAUUCUUCUUCUUGUAUUUUCACUUCCAUUUAUUAUUUUCUCACAAUAUUAUUCGAAUUCAUAUCAUCAACAAUGUUCAUCACUUGCAUGCAUAUCAACAUCACAUCGAAUUAUUGAAAAUCUUGAUUUAAAUAUAAAUCCAUGUGAAAAUUUCUAUCAAUAUGCAUGUGGUGGAUGGAUUGAUAAUCAUUUUUUAACACCAAGUGAAACAUCAAUUAGUUAUUUUAAAGAAAUUUAUAAAAAUAAUUUAAUUAUUUUAUAUAAAAUUCUUCAAAAUAAUUCCGAAAUAAAUUCACCAUCGAUAAAAAAAUUACAAAAUUAUUUUUAUUCUUGUAUGAAUACAAUAAAUAAUGAAAAUUUAGCAAGACAAACUUUAUUAAAUAUUCUUCAACCUAUUGGAUAUUCACCAUUAUUAGUAAAAAAUUGGUUAGGAACAGAUUUUAAUCUUGUUUCAAGUCUGAUUUAUACUCAUCAGUAUAAAAUCAAUCCAUUGUUUCAUAUUGGUAUUACAAUUGAUGAGAAAAAUAAUAAAUAUUAUCGUAUUUUUUUUGAACAAUCUGGUUUAUCAUUUGAUGAACAUGUUCGUUAUUAUGAUAAACAUGUUCGUUAUUUAUUUAAUCAAUUUGGUAUAAAAUUAUUUCAAUAUCUUCAUUCAUCAUUAUCUUAUUAUGAUAUAUUAAAACAAAUUGAUGAAAUAUUUCUAUUUGAAAAACGUUUAGUAUCAAUUUUUCAAAUAAAAAAAUCUCAUAAUCCAUAUGAAUAUUAUCAUAUACGAACAUAUGAACAACUGCGACAAUUAUUUUCUAAUUGGUUUAAUAUUGAAAUUUAUUUACAAAGAAUUUUUCAUAAAAAUCAAACAUUUUUUUUCUAA